CCUUGUUGUAACGGACUCGAAACAGAUUCAAAAAUUAAAACGCUGUUCGCCAGCGCAGAGUCCGCCGAAUAUUCCAGAAAUACACAGAGAGAGAGAGAGAGAGAGAGAGAGAGAGAGAGAGAGAGAGAGAGUGUGUGUGUGUGUGUGAGGCCUUGGCAUCCACAAAAGGCCGCGCGCAGAGAAACAGAAGCGUCGUUGUUUCGGAGGAGGAAGAAUGGCGGAUCAGUACUUGCUCGGAUGGAUCUUCGCCACCGUGCUGGGCGCCAUGUUUCUGUGCAGAGCGCUGGCGAGGAGGAACGGCGAGAGAGGGAGAGCUUUGGUGGAGGAGGAGAGGAGCGAGUGCGUGAAGAGCGUGAUGGUCUCCAACGGAGAAUGCAGAUCCACUGACGGCGACGUCGACGUCAUCAUCGUCGGAGCUGGUGUUGCCGGCGCCGCUCUCGCUCACACUCUCGGCAAGGAUGGACGUCGGGUGCAUGUGAUUGAACGAGACUUGACAGAGCCUGACCGAAUUGUUGGCGAGCUGCUACAACCUGGAGGCUACCUCAAAUUAAUUGAGCUGGGACUAGAAGAUUGUGUGGAGCAAAUUGAUGCUCAGCGGGUUUUUGGAUAUGCUCUUUUCAAGGAUGGGAAAAAUACUAAACUUUCUUACCCCUUGGAGAAAUUUCACUCAGAUGUGUCUGGAAGGAGCUUUCACAAUGGCCGUUUCAUACAGAGGAUGCGGGAGAAGGCUGCAACUCUUCCCAAUGUUCGAUUGGAGCAAGGAACAGUUACUUCGCUACUUGAAGAAAAGGGAACAAUUAAAGGUGUGCAAUACAAGACUAAAACUGGCGAAGAGAUGACCGCAUAUGCACCUCUUACUAUUGUUUGUGAUGGCUGUUUCUCCAACUUGCGUCGCUCUCUUUGUGAUCCUAAGGUGGAUGUGCCUUCUUGUUUUGUUGGGUUGAUCCUGGAGAAUUGCAAUCUUCCACAUGCUAAUCACGGACAUGUUAUAUUAGCAGACCCUUCUCCUAUUUUGUUCUAUCAAAUCAGUAGCACGGAGGUUCGCUGUCUGGUUGAUGUACCGGGACAAAAAGUUCCCUCCAUUUCAAAUGGUGAAAUGGCAAAGUAUUUGAAGACUGUGGUGGCUCCCCAGAUUCCCCCUCAAAUUUAUGAUUCCUUCAUAGCUGCAGUGGAUAAGGGUACCAUAAGGACAAUGCCGAACAGAAGCAUGCCUGCCGCUCCCUACCCUACUCCUGGAGCUCUACUGAUGGGGGAUGCAUUCAACAUGCGCCACCCUCUAACAGGCGGAGGAAUGACUGUGGCCUUGUCUGAUAUUGUUGUGCUGCGGAAUCUUCUUAGGCCUUUGGGCAACCUAAAUGAUCCAUCUACACUGUCCAAAUAUCUUGAAUCCUUCUACACUCUCCGCAAGCCAGUGGCAUCCACGAUAAAUACAUUGGCUGGUGCCCUUUACAAGGUCUUUUCUUCUUCACCUGAUCAAGCAAGGAAGGAAAUGCGCCAGGCAUGCUUUGACUAUCUAAGUCUCGGAGGUGUAUUCUCUAUGGGACCAGUCUCUCUACUCUCGGGCUUGAACCCUCGCCCUUCGAGUUUGGUUCUCCAUUUCUUCGCUGUCGCAGUGUAUGGUGUUGGUCGUCUUUUGCUGCCAUUUCCAUCACCUAAACGUGCCUGGAUUGGAGCCAGAUUAAUUUCGAGUGCCUCAGGAAUCAUCUUCCCCAUAAUCAAGGCAGAAGGAGUUAGACAAAUGUUUUUCCCUGCAACUGUUCCGGCAUAUUACAGAGCGCCUGUCUUAAGCGAGAAGCAGAUGAAGAAGACCAGUAGAUUGCGUAAAUUGAUGGUACCGAGAAAACAGCACUGUCGGGAGAGGAUUUUCCGAUGCGGACUGCCCCCGGCCAUUCCUCAUUAAAAGUCGAGGGGGAGGUUAAUGCCAAAAACAGAAAGAUUUAUUGUGGUAACCGCAGAUUUUGCUUUUUAGGACUCUUCUUUCUUUGUGUUCAGUGUUUAAAACAGCAUGAAAUUGGGGAUAUUUCGAAGAGACAAGGAUUGAUAUGAAAAUUGGGGUGACAUUCUAUAUCGACGAGAUAUAGCAAAAUCAAUGUGUAUCGAAAAUAUUUAUUGAUUUCAUUACAAAAAUUUUGCCGAAAUCUAUUCUAGAUUUCAAACUUUA